UAGACACUCACAGCUGAAAUUAGACACAGACUGUGGAGUCUUUACUGAAUUUGAGCAAAACAAUCCUCCAGAGUUUGUGUAGCUCCGGUGGCUGUGGUGCUUCCUGUUGGAAUAAAAGGGAAGUCCGUAAAACAGAGACAAGUUGUCACAGAAGAAGAAGGAUCAAAAUGAGCCUCCAGGAAGAGGUGGAGAAGAGCUACGACCCGAACGAUGCCACCCUGAAAUUUGUCGACAGGGAGGACGACAUAGAUCCGUUAUCUGACAGCUGCCUCAGAGCAGAGAUGUCCUGCGGUCACGCCGUCACUCCUGAAUCUCUAACGUCGUGGUGUCGCAGCCUGCUAAAGCAGGGGAAGUAUGAAUUCAGAUGCCCCGCAUUAGUAGAGGGAACCAAACAGUGCAAUGAGCUGUGGCCGUACAAAGAGGUGCGCAGACUGGCUGAUCUGUCUGUGAAGGAAAUGCAGGAGUUUGAAGAGUCCAUGGCCCGACUGGCUGCAGCAGACUACUGUGAGAUCAAACCAUGCCCACAGUGCAAAACAAAUGUGGAGAGGAAGGAUCUGUCCAACCUGUGUGUCAAGUGCACCAUAUGUACAGCUGACCAGAAGAAGACCUACCAGUUUUGCUGGCAGUGUCUGAAGCCGUGGAAAGGUCCAGGCCCUCAGUCUGAACACUGCAGCAACGAUGGCUGCAUCAACAAGGACUUGCAGCUUCUGCAGGUGUGUGACACCAUUAGCCUGCCCAAGGUAGAAGGGGUCACCAGCUGCCCCUCUGUCAGAGUCUGUCCUACAUGUGGCAUGAGGGUGAGACAUAACCAACAAAGCUGCAAAACUAUCAACUGUCCUGGCUGCAAUAUAACAUUCUGUUUUGUCUGCCUCAAACUAAAGAGUGAAUGUUGCCAGACCAGUUCACCAUACAAAAUGUGUACUAGUGGUGUGGCUCCUAGACAGACCUCUAUCCCUGUAUGGCAGAAAAAAAGAAAAUAAAAAAAAGGCCCGUCUUUACCUAGUGGGCAAUUUAGCAAUACUAAAUAUCUAAAUGAAAUUCAAAAUACCGAAAGAAGAAGAAGAAGAAGAUCUCUCCUCUUCAAAGAUCUUCUUCUUCCUUGGACCAUUGGAGUGCACAGGAACUAUUGUUUAGGACUUUAGUCUC